AAUUGUAGCUUUCUCCACAUCGUGACCGAAGUCCCGCAAUAGCCUCACAUAUCUACUACGACCCCAUCUUACGCAUUGGGCACAGAAGAACUCCCAAUCCCGGAUCUGGCGCACACCACAAUGGUUGGUGUCAGGCUGAACAGACAGGAUGUUCGGAAUAGGAUCCAGUGGUUUCUCGAACUAAAACCGUGCGACUUCCGCAAAAAGUUGAUUAAACAUUAUUUGAGGGAAUUACGAAAAUACUCAAUGGUAUCACGAUCAAAUAUCAGAUUGAAAUACAAUCCUUUGAAUCAAGCAAAUGAAACUGUCCGUGUUCUAACACAAUUUGCCGGUGGCUCUUUGGAUGUGGUCAGAAAAUCUAUCCAGGAUCUAGGAUUAACUGAGGUGCUUGAUACUGCCGAGAGGUACGAGAUUAUUUGGUGUGGUACCAGCGAUAUUCCAAAGAUUGACCUGAUUGACCGGUUUGUGAAUAAGUUUCCAGGUGCGGCGAGAGUAUUAUCUAAAAUCAGCUUAUUUCGAGGACUAGAGCUGUAUCGUCGUCUGCUACCAAUCUCAUAUGACUUUUAUCCGCGCACCUGGUUUUUACCGUUCCAAAUGCGUUCCUUACUGCACGAUUUGAACACUACUAAUUACAAACCGCCUCUAUCGUCAGAGAAGUCAACUUACAUCGUUAAGCCAGAUAAUGGAACUCAGGGACGCGGUAUUUAUCUUUUCCAGUCAGCUAAUCCGUACACUCGUCAAAACCUUGGACCCACUGAAGUCGAUGGCCGGCACUCUCAUAUUCUCAGCAACACUUGCGCCAACGCCUCUGUCGGUUCCUUCACAGCUGAAUUGCGGAACCAAAAUCUGAACUAUCUACAACCGGCUCUAGAUGUCGUUCAACGUUACGAGAUUAGCCCAACGCUUCUGUUCGGAUACAAAACGGAUUUACGAGUGUAUGCAGUCAUUGAAACGUUGGUCCCCUUAAAAAUACACAUUUACAGGGAUGGAUUGGUGCGUCUCGCGAGCCGCACUUACCACACACCGGAUCGAAGCAAUUUGUGCCAACACACUAUGCAUCUGACAAACUAUGCAAUCAACAAACUACAACAUCCACUCGAAGGAGCUGCUCCCGUCAAGCGGCAAACAGCUGGGAACGCCGUGGAGACGAAUAACAACAGCCAGUCGGUGACCGCAUGUAAUUCGGAUUCGUCCAAAUGGCAUUGUAAAUACAGCUUAAGUGAUCUGAUCCGACCCAAAGCGCCUUGGAGCCACAUCGACUGGGAAGCAUUGUGGUCGCGAGUGGAUGACAUUGUACGACACACUAUCUUCACUUUGGUGCCGGAACUCAAGGUAUCUUACUGGGCAGAAUACGGAAAUCCGCUUGGUAUUAAGGACACUGCGAAAUCACACCCGCUCAUCUCGGAAAAUGCUUCCACUUUCAAGGGCCCUAACUGCUUUCAGAUUCUGGGAUUCGACUUCCUCCUGGUCGAACCAGGCUCCCACCCGGUACUUUUGGAAGUGAACAGCAACCCGAGUUUGCGCACCGAUUCGGUUCAGCAUCUUUUACGUCGUGUAUCACCACAGUCACCUGAUGCCGAAUAUGAAAUUGUUGAGCUGAACCGCGAUCUAGCAGCAAAGUGUUUCACGCAUGGACUCGUACCGUUUGGGCCACUUGCAGAGGUUGCCACAGUACUCUCUUCCGUGAUGGGCGACCGCUACGCACAUUUCGAGCGGAGUGCAGUCGAUGAAAAGGUCAAAGGAGGCCUGAUUCGUUCUACCAUUCAGCUAAUCUCCAGGAAUAUAGUGGCUAGAUAUACCGAUCCUCUGGAACCAGAAGCUACUUCAAUGCUUCAUACACCUGGGUUGUACAACGACGGAUACGGAAUACAGCUUCCGAUGUUAGAUUCCUCGAAAUCCAAGACCUCAAACACACCCUCAUCACCAACUGUAAAAGGGCUGCAACACAGCGCAUUUUCACGCUCUAUGCUGCCAACGGGAGUGGCGAGGAGCAGCGGAAAUCCAGGUUCACUGGUUACGAAUUCGAUCUGCCGGAUGAAUCGUUUUAGUGCGUCUGAGAAAAGCGCGGUUGAAACAGAACAGGGGAAACUGGCCUGUUCACCAUCUGAUCAGCCCAAUUUACUCGAAACUAGCAACCUUGUUUCACAGCAUGAGAAGUGUACCGACACCACUGAAUCUGCACCACUGGAUUGCAUUUACUUCGAAGGAGAAAGGACCUCUCAUAUGACUCACUCUUAUCCGGAUUCCAUUAACAUGGAGUGUCAACGUCUGCUCUCACGUUUGCACGAACUAAAAGGGAGCACCGGUUCUCUGCGUAAGCAUACCUCAUUUCUGGAUGCGCUGAACCUGGAUGCAUUCGAUUCGGCUCCACGCAUAUUCGAUCUCCUGGCAGACAUGUUUCUUAGUGUUUUGUCGUCAAGAAAACCGCGCUUGAAGCCUAUGUCUCCUCCGAAGGUCAACGAUCAAGUCACCGAUGACUGGACCACGGCCACGGGGUUGGAGCUUGGGAGUAUUCCACCAACCAAAUCACGCUACAUUCCCCGAAUGGAUUUGACCGCUUUUCGAACCUUUUGCAGGCGUUGUCGAAUGAAUCAACUAGGCUUUUCAUCCACGGAACUGGAUCUUAUUUUUGCCAAACAUCGUAACUGGUGGCAAAGGGUUUAUGAAACAGAGUCUGCCAAGCAAGGCCGCGAACUGUGCUACCUCAAGGGACUGAGUUUUCCGGCGUUUGUGGAGCUGUGUGUACAACUUGCUGAACAUUGCAGUCUCAACGAGCACCGAUUAUGGUCUGCGGCUAAUACCAUUCACCUGCCGGAAAUUCCGCUGUCACCCAGAGCUACCCCAAAGAAGAGCACGCAUAGUGGCGGAAAGGUCAUAAAUGGUAGAUGUACUUCCUCCUCUUCUUCGAAAGCUUGCACUGCAGAACCUCAUAACCCCGUCAAUCCCAAGUCACCCAAAAACACGUUGUCUACACCAAGGCAACCAGUCAGGGUUCGUUUGAUUGAGCGCCGACGACACCGUCUUGACCAAACCUCCACUAGUUCCAACGGCGUUCAUGCUGCGGUGCAAUAUCCGGGGUGGGAUUCAUCUGACGCUGACCCAUGGACGAUUGAGUCAUGGAAAAAAUUAUGCCAUUUUAUUGAACACUGUUGCGCGGAUUCGGUACCAAACUGAUAGUACUCUGUGCACAAAUACUCAAAUCGAAGUUUCAGCUUUGGGUGAAUAACUUAGUGCUCAACGUUCGUUACAUAAAAGGCCAAUUACCUUACUCAGGACCAGUGCCAGGGUCUCAGUCCUCAAAAGUUUAUUUCCAUCGGAAGAUGAAUACAAACUUCGAUUCGCUUUGUCUUUUCU